AAAAGCAGCGCGAGAGCAGCGGGUCAAAUCCCACACUUUAUCAUCACAACGGAAUACACACACACACACACACACUGACACACACACACACAACCGACGCGCUGGAGUCCACAGAACGUGAACCUGCUGUACUCUGAAUAUCUGAUCUCCUCACAGGUUCUGAUCAGGAAUGGUGAAUCGCUUGUUAUUGGAUGAAGUAACGUUUCUACAGUACAGUUCUUCUUUACCAGUUCAACACCUGUCUGACAUGGUGAGGGACGAGCGGAUCUACCAGGUGCUUCCCUCUCCGUUCUCCGAGGAUGAGCUGAGUGACUCUUCCAGCUCACGUUCCUGCUCCAGUCCCGAGUCUCAGGUCCUGAUCUCCAGGUGCAGCAGCAGCUCAAGCAGCGAGAGCCAAGAUGGCCUCCUGGACUUCCUCCUCUCUCAGAGCCAAACGUCUUCCACCCCAGUGCUAACUCCUGCCAUGGUUCCACCUGUCCUCCCCAUGGGUCUGUCCUGGGAGUCUCGCAGGGAUCAGACCACCAAAGAGGAAUGCUUUGAGUUUCCUGUAUUUCCUGGAGAUCUGGAGGAACAUGCAGGGCUUCUCUUUCAGCCCACAUUGGAGGAGAUUGAGGAGUUUCUGGAGGAGAACAUGGAGGUUGUAGCCUUAAAGGAGAAAGCUGAAACAAUACCAGACAUAUCAGAAAUGAAGACACAAGACCAAACAGUGCCUGUCUCCAGCAUGACGGAGAUGGCCGAGCUCAAGCCGAAGAGUGUCCAGUCUUCUGCUAGACUCUCUACAGGCUGUCAGAUUGCAGUGAAGAAGGAGCUGCUCUCCCAGAAGGCAGUGGCAAUGGAGAGCUCAGGGGCACCAGUGUUCUUGCAGAUCCAGCCCAUUCCCAUCAAACAGGAACCAAAUCUGAAUCCAACACCCACAGCUCAGUCGCCAACGUCCACCCCAGACAUCAAAAUCGCCCAAUUGCUAGUCAACAUCCAAGGGCAGACAUUUGCUCUGGUUCCUCAAGUGGUUCCACCAGCUAGCCUCAGCAGCACUUCGUCCAAAUUUGUCCGCAUCGCUCCGGUCCCCAUCGCAGCCAAACCUUCAGGACAGAUGGAGAAUGCAGCCGGCGGAACACAGGGAGCAGGACUCCUCAUCGGGAGUCAGAAGUUCCAGAAGAGCUCCGUAGCUGAUCUGAUUAAAAUGCACAAGUGCACUUUUCCAGGCUGUGCCAAGAUGUACACAAAGAGCAGUCACCUGAAGGCUCACCUAAGGAGGCACACGGGUGAGAAACCAUUUGCCUGCACGUGGCCAGGAUGCGCCUGGAGGUUCUCCAGGUCAGAUGAGUUGUCGCGUCACAGACGCUCACACUCCGGAGUGAAACCGUAUCAGUGUCACAUCUGUGAGAAGAAAUUCGCCCGCAGUGAUCACCUGUCCAAACACAUCAAAGUCCACCGCUUCCCACGAAACAGCAGGACACGCUCUACGCACUGACCUCACAUAACCCUGUCUCUCUCUCUCACACACACACACACACACACAUACACAGACGAGGAAAUGUUCUCAGUGGUGGUGCUGUGAUAUUUAUUGGUGAUGAAUUGAAGCGUGUUACUUGACAGAUCUUUAUCAUUGUCUCUGUAGAGAAGAUCUCUGUAGAAUUGUUUGUUUUAAUAAUUUUUAUCAGUUUUUUUAUUCACAGUUUAUCAGCGAAUGUCACAUCACGGUUUAUGGAAAGUACAUUUUUACUCAGAGGUGUGAUUCAGUGUUGGUGUUUCUCUGAAGCAUCAACAUUCCUGAAUGUUAAAACACAUGAUGACAUCAUCCACAGUGGAAUUCUGAAAAACUAGAAAAUGCACGUUCAUCUGAGCUACUGAUCAGAAAGAGGACUGUGUUGUUAUGAUGUCGACGACAUGAAGCUAGCAGCACUUUAACACCACACAGUGGCUUCACAUCACAACACCUGUGCCUGUGGAAGUGGGCGGAACUUCUCAGGAAAGGUGUGAUGUAGAGACCUAGUGAUGAGGAUGAAAGUUAAAGUAAGAAAAUUGAGCUAAAGGCAAAAAUCCUGUGUGUGUGUGUAAAAUAUUAAACAGUAGUGGGUUUGUUUUAAAGGCAGCAAACCAAAUUAGGUAAAGGGUGCCAAUACUUUAAUCUUUAGUGAAAAUGCAGCAUAGUUUGACUUUUGUUAAACUCCAGCAGACAACAUUAAAACACACACACACACAUUUUCUGAUUGAAUCUCUCACAGUGUCUCGAUGAAGAUCUUCAUAAGAACAUUGUGUUAAACACUACGUGGUGAACGGCAGUGUGAUUAUCAGAUCUUGCGUGAAUCACAGAGUAAAAAAUGUGAAAUUGUGCUAAAUAUCAGCAAGAAGAAAGCGUUACUGUCAAAUCUCUAAAAUAAAAUCAGAUCAAAAACAUUAGAGUUGAUGAUAAAUUCUGCAGAAAUAUAAGAUUAUUAAAGAGAGAUAAAGAACAUGAGACAGCUCACGAACCACAGUAUUAUAAUCAGGACAGUACUGACCAAUCAGUGACCAACAGUCAUGAGCUCCGCCCACAUUGAGCACACAUCCAGGACUCGACAUUAACUCUUUAAUCCACUCGUCCAGUCGGAGCAGCAGUGAGAUUUCUCACUCGUCCUGACCAGGACCUUUUUAUUUCUGUGGAUUUAUGAGUUCAGUGAAAGGAAAACAGUGAACAACGUUUAUCCAAAAGCAGGGUUAGUUAUGAUCAUCAUUAUACUUUAAUGAUUUAUAAUUUUUCAAUAAAACUCAAACUUGAACUGUAAUAAUAAACAGAAACGAUCCAAAGCCCCAUUAUGGUGUGUGUGUGCUAACCUAUUAUCUGAUCUGCAGUUUUAAGAGUUAGACUCACCCACAUUCACAGCUUCUGGAGGAAAUAAAGUUACAUCCUGAUUAAUCCAGUAAAACCUGAAGUAUAAAUUAAUUUAAAGAAAACGAGUUGGACAUGGGCGGCACGGUGGUGUAGUGGUUAGCGCUGUCGCCUCACAGCAAGAAGGUCCGGGUUUGAGCCCCGGGGCCGGCGAGGGCCUUUCUGUGUGGAGUUUGCAUGUUCUCCCCGUGUCCGCGUGGGUUUCCUCCGGGUGCUCCGGU